GUCACUUGUCAUUGUCAUGCGCGUACGUCUUGUUUAAUACCUUGUAGUGUGUGUUUACUGUACGUAUUCUAAAUAGGGGUAUUAAACCAUCGAAAAUUUUGAUAAAAAUUUAGUAAAUAUCAAUAAAAUGAAUCGUUCUUGGAAUAAAAAUCCCAAUUCGCCUGCAGGAUUUGUUUAUUUCAAUCAAAAUUCUCAGAAAGAAGCUACAGAUUUUAUAGCAUUUCAAGAUAGCCCCAAACAAAGCAACACAUAUUCACCGAAAUUUCACAAUAGUCCCAGAAAUUUCAACGACAGGAAUCAUUUCAGGUAUUCCGGUGGACAUAAAAAACCUUUUUAUAGCCCUAAUUGUAAAAAUAUUUCAUGGCACAAACAGAAACAAACAAAUACUUCUUGGAAGGAGAAAAACCAGUACGAAAAAAAGCACACUGUACCUAAUCCAAAAAUGAUGAGUGCCGAUGGACAAAGAGACAUGACUUUAUAUUACGACCCUACUUGUGUUUUGAAUCCUUGGGAGGAAUUGGAAAAACAAAUUUUCGGGAAGAAAAAUGAAGAAAAUAAAACACCGGAGAUUAAUAAUGAUGAAAAAACUACAAUAAGUAGUAGUGAUAGCAGUAAAAAAGACUCGUCGAGUUCUAGUGACGAAGAAAAUGAUUCGAGCGAAGAAUCAAGUGCAAGUGAACAAAAUGAAACAACGUAAUAGCGUUAUAAAAUUGUAAGUUACAUAAAACAUUAAAAUGAUGAAAAAAUAUCAAUCACCAAAGUACAAAUUAGUGAAAAUAUUAUUUUUAUAAUGAAUGUAAUUUUAUUAUAAAUAAAUGUACAAAUUAUUCACUAGUUACACUGAUAAGAGUUGAUCGGGCUCAAUUUUAUUAGAUUUUUAAUGAUCAUUUUGAUGUUUUAUAUUUUAGUGUUUAACUUUAUUGUUUUAAAAUUAAAAUGGGAAGGCAAUAUUAAUAAAUUAUUUGAUUUAAAUGGAAUAUUUAUAUAGUUAAUAUGCAUUAUAAAGACCAAUAGUAAUAAUAAUUAAUGUAUUAUUUGUCAAAAUUGCAUAUAAAUCAGCCGUAUGGGGCUAUCUGGCCCUUGGUUUCAAGAUCUUUUGUUAUUUCGGUACUUUUUGGCCUUAUUUUACUAAUUUUCCACUUUUGCUAUUAUCAAAUUUCUUCUAAUUUCCUAUAGUUAUUUUUUUUUAUUUUCUUCUUAUUUAUUUCUACCUUCUUCACCUUUUGUCCAUCUAUUUUCUGUUAUUCUCUCUAUUUAUCCCAACUGUGUAGCUAUUUGUGCUUUAAUUAUGUUUGGGUGCUAAAAAGGAACUAGAAAAAAGGUUUGUACCCUUUAAAAAGAAAGUAAAAGAGCAUGGACUAAACAUAAAUGAACAAAUAUAUGCAGCUGGGAAGGAAUUUGAAAAACUUCGACCAAAUAAAAGUGACAAUAGUGCAAAAUUGGGAGUAUGGAUUCGAUUAAGUCCAUUAGUUGAAAUACUUGGAAGUGACGGUGAUUAGCUAGAGGGAACAAAACGUUUGGAGUCCUAAGAGAAUUAGUAAGAUCAAAAGAUAUUUCAAGAGGCGUUAAAUUCCAGUUUAUGCAACCAAUCCCAUUGAUCUAAGGUAUCAUGGGACUCUAGUUAAGAGACAUUUUGGUACACUAGUUUCCUUCCCGGUUUUCUGAAAGAAUAGUUUCGUCUUUCGGUAACCACAAUGAUUAUGAAACUGAAUAUAUAAGCCGUAAAUUGCAGUAGAUUGAUCCAAGUAGUUUCAAUUUUCCCAUUGAUCUAGAGUAUCAUGGGAUUCUAGUUAAGAGACACUUUGGUGGUGCAUGAGAAUUCUUCAGAACAAUGGUUUUGUCUUGUGGCAGGCAUCUUACUUCAUGUGCAUUGAAGAUGUAUAUGACGGUACACUCUUUUCAAAGUUUGAAUUUCUUUGGAGUACCACUGGGUUUAUUUUUAGACUUGUUUUGAUAUAUAAAUGAUCUUCUGGUUCUGAUGAGUUUUUUUUAAUCCAGAUGCAACAAAUAAUUACUGCCAUACAUCACAGUAAAUUUAUUUGAAUGGUUUAAACUUUCCUAAUGAUCUGGUAUAUCAUGGAGCCCAAGUUUUAGACAUUUUGGUUUUUUUUUUCUUUCAGAGGACUGGUUUUGUCUUCUGGUAGACUUGUUACUUCAAAUACAUUUAAUUUAAAACUAAUUCCACGGUAUAUGUGUUUCCAAACUUCACUUUUAGUUUGGUUCAGUUUCCAGAAUUCCGGAAAUAUCUGUUAGGAGAUUUUUCAUCUCGGAUGUUCAUAGUAUUUAUGUAUAUAGGAUGAUUUAAAAAGAAUAUUGUGACUGUGAUCAUUAUUGGAAAUAAUAAUUGAUUUUUUAGUAACAAAAAUUCCAAUUUUAUCGAAAAAUAUUCCUAUUAUUUAGUGAAUACUUUAUAUUAAACGUUUUAUUGUAAAUAUGGGUUGAGUAAUAAAUGCUAUAACUAUAAA